AUGUCCAGACCAGAAUUAAUAGCACCUCCUGAAAUUUACUACGGGGAUACGGAGGCGAAAAAGUAUACGCAGAAUUCUCGAAUUCAACAGAUCCAGGCCGAAAUGACUUAUCGAGCAUUGGAACUACUUAACCUCCCCCCAGACCAGCCAGCCUUCCUCCUGGAUAUAGGUUGCGGAUCUGGACUAUCAGGAGAAAUCUUGGAAGAGCAAGGCCACGCCUGGGUAGGAGUAGAUAUUGCCCCCAGUAUGCUAGAGGUGGCUCUGGAACGGGAGGUUGAAGGCGAUUUAUUCUUGCAAGACAUCGGGCAAGGGUUCGGAUUCCGCCCAGGGAGUUUCGAUGGUGCAAUAAGCAUAUCCGUCAUUCAAUGGCUUCUCAAUGCUGAGACAAGCCACCCCUCGUCCUCACCACCACGACGCCUCACCCGCUUCUUCACGACCCUGCACUCAGCCUUACGAAAUCCCUCCCGAGCCGUCCUGCAAUUCUAUCCCUCCUCAGACGAUCAAAUUCAACUCAUAACGUCCAUCGCCCAAAAAGCGGGCUUUGGUGGAGGUGUCGUAGUCGAUUAUCCCAACUCGAAAAAGGCCAAGAAGGUCUUUCUGUGUCUUUUCGUAGGUAAUGGUGGAGGGCAGCAAGUACCCAAGGGCCUGGAAGGCGAAGAAGCGGGGGAGAGGGCUAAAUUCGAGAAACGGAGAGAGCGAGAGAAAAGAAGGAAGGACAGCAAGAAGAAUAAUGUCAAGGAUCGUGACUGGAUUUUGAAGAAGAAAGAUCUGUAUCGGCGUCGCGGUAAGGAAGACGUACCAAGAGACAGUCAAUAUACAGGGCGGAAACGGCGACCUGCAUUCUAG